AAGUAUAACUGUGAUUGGCGUGCGGGAAGGGGCGGGCCUUCGCCGGACGGAUCACAGGCCGGGGCGCGCUUCCCGCCAUCGAGUCUUGUGAAUGGGACGGAGUGUAGCAAAAAUCAAGUUUAAGCAAUCUCUGAGGAUUACUUCAGCAUGGAACAUGACACUUGCCAACUCCAAAGUGCUUUGAGACGAUCAUCACGGCUUGGGCAGGAGGUUCUCCAACGUGCUCAGAAGAGAGUUCAUUGGUCACUGGACAGGUCAGGGAGAAGUGCAGAGUCGUCCGUUCAGACAGAUGAGGGUGGAACAGAGUGCCCUGACAUCAAUGAAGCCUUUGCUUCCCUUCUGCAUUGCAUGGCUUAUACCACAAGGCACUGUAAGCAUUAUUAUGGAGGUGUACCAAUAUGUCAAAGAGAUGAAAUGGAGGAAAAUCAUAUCCAACGCUACCACACAGAUCUGAAAUGCCAUAAGUGUUCAAACUACAAAGCUCCUAUUAGAAGUAAUGACAAGGUUCACAUACAAGUGGCCCCAGGUUCGUAUGCAGUGACAGCAAAAUCAAGAUCAUCUCCCAGAGAACAGACGCGAGUCAUACACUUGGGACCAGAUCAAACCAUAGAUCUUAUUUUUAAUGUAUGAACUGUAAGGAGCACAGGAUUGCAAAAGUAAUACCCAAUAGCUCUUUUUCAGGGGAAGUUUGUAUUUUCAGUAUCAAUGCAAUCAUUCUCAGGCUUGUCUUAUUAAAAUGCUGUUUCCUUACGGACAGUUGAAAAUUAUGAAGUAACUAUUUCUGAAAUACCAUGCUGCCUAAUGCACUUGAAUACAAUAAUUUUAGAACAACUGAAUCAUAUUCUUUUGGAAUUAUUUUUAUAUGUAACAAAUUUUAUUGAGCAUGCGUACAAAUUUAGUGUAUGCAUAAAUAAAUGGGUUGAUUUCUAAUGUGCUUUAUUAAAAUGUCUAACUACAUCCAUUAUCAGUUCAAUAUGAUAAACAGUAAAAUCUAGUAGUAUUAGAUCUUGGAAAAUUUCAUAAUAAAUGAUCCAUGAAUAAUCUUUCUGCCUCUACUUUCCAUUGAAAGAAUCUAAUAUCGCUACUUCAAACAUUUAACUCAUUUUUUUAAAAAAAUUCAAUAUUAGUCUUUAUAGGAUGGGAUUAAAAUAUAAUGCAUUCUUCAAAGGUUAAUUAUAUAUUUGCAAAAUGACUAGGCUACAAUUCAAACAAGAUUAUUGAUUUUACGGCAGCCACGACGCAAGGCAACCUGAUGUCAUCUUAAUUGGAAGAAGUGUUCCCUGGUGACACACAAAGACACAGGGGGUCAAAGACUCAGAUUUGGAACAGUAAUCAAAAGUUUGAUCAGAGAGGUAGCUUUUAAGCCAAUAAAGAAGAAGAGAUUGAAGAGUAUAGAGGACCAAUGCUACAACAUGGCACUCAGAUUUUUAAAGAGCUUUUCUGAAGGUUUACAAACUGAUGGUUGGGGUAGCUGAGGGGAGAUCAAACUGCAAUAUUAAAACAUAAAGAAAUGGCAAAUAGAAGGUAGAACUCAAAGAUGGACAUGAUAGAAUGAGUUGAUGGAACUUGAGGAAGAUUGGGGCUCUGGAACUCGCCAUUUGACAGAGUGGUUGAGGCAAAAACAUUCAUUUUAAAAGAUACUUGCAGUGAUAUAUGGCAUGCUAACCCCUCAACAAUACAGGCUAAGAAAUAGAUUAAUUGCAGUGACUUGGCUGCAUGAACAAGAAAGGCUAAAUAUUGGAACCCUGUGCAGUAAUUCCUUAAAAUUCAGUGAGACCUAUUCCAAGAAGGAAGAGGAAGGAGGAGAAACUUGCAUUUACACUUUUUCUUUCAGAGUAUCUUAAAUGUACUUCAUUGGCAAUGAAGUUGAAUAGUAGUCACAGUUGUAAUGUAGGAAAUGUGGUAGCUCCCCCAAACAAUAUUGAGAUAAUUAUCAUAGAUUUAAUUGCUUUGAGAUGUAAAAAAAAAAGCAGUACUUCUAUUCUCCCCCUUCAAAAUGGUGCUAGAGAGCCUUCCUAAAACAUCAGCAAAGUACCUCUGACGAUGUAGUACUCAGUAUGACAGUAUCAGUCUAAUUUCUUAUGCUAAAGACUUCAAAUUAGGACUGAAGGUCAGAAUCUCCUGACUUUGAUGAAGAGAGGUACCAGUUUAAAUUGUGCAAAAGUCACAAGUUAUUAAAAGAACUAAUGUUUAUGUGGAUUAAAUUAUCUAUUAAAUGCUACUUGCAAAUGUGAAUGUUGCAAGUGAUGUUGACUAUUUCAAACACAGCUGAUAUAAUUGAAACACAAUAACUGGACUUCAAGAACAGAAACACUUUUUGAUUAAUUGGCUGAUUUCCAUCUUAAAUGCAUCCAGCAAGUAGGCUAUAAUAUGAAAAUACCAUGAUCCUUACUCUUACGUGGCUCAUUUGAGUGUGGGGCUGUCAUUCAAAUGAAAACAUCUUUUUUUAAAUAUAUCUACAUUCCAAUUUAUUACAUUUCCAAAGGAAUGGGGGACAUUUUAAGCUUUGCCCACUUGAUCCUGGAGUACUUGUUACUGUUUCAUACCAAAAGCAUUACAACAGCCUCCAACUGGGACUAGCCAAUGAGGACAGCAACAAUAAUAGAUAUUAUCUCAGGCAUUUAAAAAGGGGGAAAGAAUUAAUAGAAAAAAGUAGUAACAGAUUAAAAAGUAUAUAUACAUUCUUUUUUAAAUCUACUAUUAUACGUAUGCCUCAGUCGAAUUUUCAUGGAAACAAUCUAAAAGGUAUAAUAAAACAAACUACCAUUUAACUGAGUAACAAAUUACAUACUUAAAUGAAACAUGGAACAAAUUAGAACACGACUAAUACUACUACAGCACUAUAAAACCAUGUAUUAAUUCCUAAUUGUUAUUGACAGAUGAAUUCAUCCAGAGUAUGUUGGUGUAUUUGUUUGACUGUAAAUGAACAAAAUCAGUGCAGACACCUACUGUAGAUAAUGGACUGCCUUCAUACAAUACUUUCAGCAAUUGUAUCCUCCAAACCUUCAUUUUCAUUGUAGUGUUCAAGAUUGUUGACAACUUUAAAUUCCUCAUAGUUUAGUAGUGAAAUCAUUUCAUUUACACUGAGGCUUUUUCUAGCAUCUCCUAACCUGAAUGUGCAAAACAGUUCUGAAUUUUCUUACUGCUUACUUCUCACCAACUAUCAGUAACAAAAACACUGCUUUUUGAACACAAAGGCAUGCAACUGAGCUAUUUAAAAAUUGUGUAAUGACCAAUAGCCACACAAUUGUAUGUGUCUGAUGUUGGUUAGAAAUUGUUCAGCAACAAUCUCCUUCCCUAAUUAAAUAGCAAAGUGUUCCAAAUAAACAGAGAAUUUCUCAAUUAGUUUUUGAUCUUUAAGAUUUGUCCCAAAUAAGUGGCUACCUUGAUGCCUCAAUUUACUGAUGGCCCAGUCAAUCAGAAUCCACAAUGGAUACAUUAUACAUGUGUAUAGUACCUGUACAGAGUAUUUACCCCCCUUGGAAAUUUUCAUGUUUUAUUGUUUUACAACAUUGAAUCACAGUGGAUUUAAUUUAGCUUUUUUGACACUGAUCAACAGAAGAAGACUUUCCUGUCAAAGUGCAGAUCUCUAAAAGGUGACCUAAAUUAAUUACAAAUAUAAAACAAUUAUUAUUGAUUACACAAGUAUUCACCCCCCUUUAAUAUGACACACCAAAUCAUCACUGGUGCAGCCAACUGGUUUAGAAGUCACAUAAUUAGUUUUAAGAGACCUGUGUGCAGUCAAGUUGUUUCAAUUGAUUGUAGUAAAAAUACACCUGUAUCUGGAAGUGUAACUACUGGUGAUUCAGUAAGUUGGCCAAAACUACACCAUGAAGAUAACAAGAACACUCCAAGCAACUCUGCGAAAAAUGUAUUGAAAAGCACAAUACAAGUCAGGAGAUGGAUACAAACAAAUAUAGAAGUCACUGAAUAUCCCUUGGAGGACAGUUAAGUCAAUCAUCAAGAACUGGAAAGAAUAUGGCACAGCUGUAAAUCUGCCUAGAGCAGGCUGUCCUCAAAAACUGAGUGACCGUGCAUAAAGGGGACUAGUGAGGGAGGCCACCAAGAGACCUAUGAUAACUCUGGAGGAGUUACAAGCUUCAGCGGCCGAGAUGGGAGAGACUGCACAUACAACGAUUGUGACCCGGGUGCUUCACCAGUCGCAGCUUUAUGAGAGAGUGGCAAAGAGAAAACCACUGUGGAAAAAAAACACAUGAAAUCUCAGCUAGUUUGCCAGAAAGCAUGUGGGAGACUCUGAAGUCAGCUGGAAAAAGGUUCUAUGCUCUGAUGAAACCAAAAUUGAGCUUUUUGGCCAACAGACUAAACACUAAGUUCAGCGUAAGGCAAACACCGCACAUCAUCAAAAACACACCAUCCCUACCAUGAAGCAUGGUGGUGGCUGCAUCACGCUGUGGGGAUGCUUCACUGCAGCAGGCCCUGAAAGGCUUGUGAAGGUAGAGGUUAAAAUGAAUGCAGCAAAUACAGGGAAAUAAUGGAAGAAAACCUGAUGCAGUCUGCAAGGGAACUGCGACUUGGGAGAGUUGUUUUCCAGCAAGACAGUGACCUCAAGCACAAAACCAAAGCUACACAGGAAUGGCUUAAAAACAACAAAGUUAAUUUCCUGAAGUGGCCAAGUCAGAGUCCAGCCCUCAAUCCAAAUGAAAUUUCUGGCUGUUCACUCACGAUCCCCAUGCAAUCUGACAGAGCCUAAGCAGUUUUGUAAGGAAGAAUUGGGGGGAAAAUUGCAGUGUACAGAUGUGGAAAGCUGAUAGAGAUCUAUCCACACAGACUCAAGGCUGUAAUUGCUACCAAAGGUGUAUCUACUAAAUACCAACUGGAAGGAGGUGAAUACUUCUGCAAUCAGUUAUUUUGUGUUUGAUAAUUGUAAUUAAUUUAGAUCACUUUGUAGAAACUUGUUUUCACUUAGAUACAAAAGAGUCACAAAGCUGCCAAAUGCAUAGAUUGAACCUGCUUAAUUUCCUUAUAAAAUGGUGAAACCUGUCUCCUUUGAUGCAUU